CCACAUUCGUUUAGGCACUUGUGCAUGUGAUGAAUCCUGUGUGAUGGCAUCUUUCUGAGAACUGUAAUUCUGAGGCUUGGUUCCGGAUUUUAAAAUACUCAAUCUGCAAAGGCAGUUCCCCGUGUUUCCUGCUUGCUUUUGCCAAAGCCCUUGAGAUUUCAAGAGGUUAUCUCAGCCAGUUCCUCACGUUCUCACGCAUCCCGGUCACUUUUUAAGUAUCACCUCCUGAGAGUACAGGAACAGGAGGUCAAGAAUGUGAGCAGACGGCCAGCAUUCAUCCCAGGGUACUAAGAUGUCACUGCAGGACCUCUCUCUGUUAUUUUGCAAUGAGAAGGAGCCCAGGGCACGUGCCUGAGACAAGACCAUAGAUGGAAUCAAGCAGCAGAGCGAGGGGAUAAAGCUGGGCUGAAGCUCACUUUGGGAUCCCUAGCUGAGAGUGAACCUCGGUGUGAAAAAGGAACUGCCUGCGCUGGUGCUGGGAGGAUGCAGCCUCCACCUCUCCACCGCAUGUGAUUUGGAUGCUGGAGGUCUUCUGGAGCAGUGGCCAAAGAAGGAGCCAUGAGCAUCCUGGUGGUGAAGGGCAUCCUGCCCCUGCUGCUCCUUGCCUGGCCGCCCGCUGGACAAACGACUUCCGUGUCCUUAGGGUCAGAUCUCACUUUUCACUGUCUGCCAAACAGCCCUGACAGGGAGGUGGUGUGGUGUGACACCUUAAGCAAGAAGAAGAAGGCAGAGAAAGACACAGGGUCUGCUCUACACAAGGAAAAUGUUUCUUCCAACUUCACCUUUACAAGCGUGAAUGAAAAGCAUGCUGGAAAUUACAUGUGCAAGAUGAAGACCUCAUGCCCCAUUCCUGAAAACAAGAACUGCCCAUGCAAGAACCACAAGGCCAAAAAUACUUAUGGCAAGAGGAACCCGCUGUGCAGGUUCAUGCUCUGGGCAGAGAAUAAGACCAUGCACGUGAAGUGGUGGACAUGCCCAGAGUCUCCUGAUAACUGCUUGGAGCACAGCAAGGCACAUCACAGUGACAGCCAUGGCAGCAUGGACGCAGCCAGCGCAGAGCCCAUUGUGUGCACCGUAUCCAGCAGAAGCUUCACAGGCACUGAAAAUGCCACCCAAGGGAUGGCUCCCAGCUCUGACCCCAAGACUUCUCCGACCCGUGAGCCUCAGAUUCAGGAAGGUCUCAUAGCAAUCAUCUACCUGUACGCCAUCCCCGGGUUAGUGGUUGUGACUCUUUUCCUCCUGCUUUGUAUUUUGGUGUGCCUGUGCAGAAGAAAGCAAAAGGAUGCUAAAGGCACUCCUGAAAGCAAGCAUGCAGCAGAGAUGAAUCAGCUCAGCACGCCUCCCACAGAGCCUCAGACUGAGGACCUGACGUAUGCAAAGCUGAUCUUUGAAAGGACAGGGGCAAUACCUGCAGCCUCAGAAGUGGUGUACACAGAAAUAAAACCACUGCAAAAGGAAUAGAGAGCUGAGGAUGGCCACGCUGCUCUGCAAAGGGAAGGUCUGUCAGCAGGAAGAGUGAGAAAAGAGAGACAAGCAGCUGCUGAUAUGGCUGCCAUAGCUUGAAAACCUGGCAUUAGCUCUUAUCAGGUGCACUGGGUGACGGAUAUGAGCAGUGUUCUUCAUUUCCUCACUGUGUCCACAUCCAGCAUCCGCUGCGAUGGAUUUGGCUCUGUUCUGAUUCAUACACCUGAAAAAUGACAAGCAAAGAUACAAAGGCAUCAUUUGCUGUGGAGAGAUCCAGGAUGGAUACAGCCAAAACCCACCAGUGACCAGCUGCCAGCCUGAUGGAACCCCAUUCAGUCUCUGAGCCUGGCAAGUCAGCCAGUUGCUCACCUAUAAUGUUGUAUUUCUUGCUAGCUCUAUGCUGGACUUUUUGUCUGGAACGAAGCAGUGUCAAAAGCUUUACUGAAACCCAAAAAGUGAACGUUGACUGGCUUCACUUGGUCAACCAGAUAGGUGGCCUUGUUGUAUAAGGAAAUCAAAUUAAUCCAACAGGACCUAGGUAAUAUAUAUAUAUGCGUGUGUGUAUGUGUCUCUCUCUCUCUCUAUAUAUAUAAAAUAUAUUUUCUCUCUUCCU